AUGGAUAGUCCACCCAAACUGACUGGUGAGACGCUGAUUGUGCAUCACAUUCCCCUGGUGCAUUGCCAGGUCCCUGAUAGACAGUGCUGCUCCGUGAGCAAAAGGACCAACCCCUUCUGCCAGCCAGAGCUCAGCAUUACACGGACCUCUGCCCUUCCAGACAGAGACCUUUCACAGACUGACUCCUUGGUGUACAGCAGCUUUCUCCAGACCUCUGAAACCUCAGCAGAGGCCUCAGACAAUAUAGAAGGCAAAGCGAGGGAUUUGGUUGUCCCUAGUGUCAGUAAGCGGCACAAUCCUUUCCUGCUGUUUUUUUUGAGCGAGGGUGAAGACCUCAGCAUCUUUGGGGAUGACUUGGGCCAAAAAUCUUUCCACCUUCACAACUCGCUUGUGGCUGGCAAACCUCCCUUUCAGCUGCACGAGCUGACCUUACCCCCUUUCCACCUCCACGACUCCAACCACAUUGUGAAAUCCUGGAACAUGGCCAGCCGGUCCGGUGUGGUAGACGGGCAAGAGGACAAAAUAAGCAGUGAUGACGUCCAGAAGAGGAACAAUGCGAACAGGUGCCACCAGGCCUCAGAACGCAUGGAGCUGGAUGAAUGCAGCUGCCAUCGCGGCAGCUCCUCCAGCUUCUCCUUCGAUGGUGGUGACCAGGAGUGGAACCAGAACACAGGUGAAUUGCUGAGGAAUCAAGAUGCUCUGCGCAGCCGGACGUGCAGCUGUUCCAGCUCAGAGCUCCAGCACUGUCGCUGCUACAGUUCAUCAAGUCAGUCUGAAGUGAUUGACCAACAGAUGGGCUACAUCAGUGACUCUUCCUGCAACAGCUCUGAUGGGGUGCUGGUGAACUUCAGUGCCCUCUACAACAAAAUGAAUGGCCAUUCUCGAUCCAACCUGAAUUCAGCCAACCUGUCCUGUGACUCUUCCUUCUGCAGCCACUCAGACACAGGAGCUUUUUACCUGGAUUUGCAUUCAUCACCCACUGAAUCCAAGAUGUCUUGCGACUCGCAUCACCCAGAGAGUUCAGGGAAGGUGUGUGGGUGUCAACACUCCUCCUCACCAGUCCUUGAUGCCAACUGCAACUCCUACCACCUCCACUGUGAGCCUUGUACUUCAGAGAGCUCAGACCUCACUGCCUGCUUCCAGAGCCAAGCACGGCUCGUUGUGGCUACUCAGAAUUAUUAUAAACUAGUCACGUGUGACUUGUCUUCCCAGUCAUCCCCCAGCCCAGCAGGAUCUUCCAUAACUAGCUGCUCAGAAGACCAUACCAAAGGUAGCCCAGCCCAGCCCACUGAAUACUAUCUGUUUAGAAGGCCUGACCUGAGACAAGAAGAAGGUAACGUGGAGUGCCGUGAAGAGGAGGCAAAGGGAGAAGCCACCCAGAACAUGAUUGAGGGUCAGGUCUAUGUGAAUGUGUCACCACCUAACCUCAACACAAGCCGGCAGCGCUCCAGGAGCUAUGAUCAGAACCUGGACAGGAGUCCCAGCAGCAGGCUGGGCUCCUUGGAGCGCAUGGUGAGCUGUCCGGUCAAGCUGAGUGAAAGUCCAGCUAUACCCAUCCAGAGUUCCCCCCCAAAGCGAGUGACAUCUUUUGCUGAACUAGCUAAAGGCCGGAAGAAGAAUGGCACCUCCCCACCGCUCCGGUCCAGUGGUGAUUCCUCCUUGGAGUUCUCCCCCAUCCCUGAGACACAACGGGAUGGCCCAGCCUUCCUUGAAGAAAGAGCUCGCCGCAGCCAGAGUCUUCCACCCAUGCCUUUCGUCCAUGGUCUGAACCGGAGCUGUGACGGCUUCUGUUUGAAUCACACUUUUGGGGAUAGCCAGGCUUUGUGUUCCACCAAAGACUCGGUCUCCAGUGAGAAGGUCCCCAGUGGGCAUGGGGCAGGUGAGCAAGCCUCUCUCUCCCUGCUGAUGGAGGCAGAUGCCAGCUUCUCAGGUGGCUCUGCCAGUGGCCACGGACAAAGAGAUGUUAGAGCCCGAGCAGACGGUGGUGGCACAGACAGCAAGCCCGUGGUACGCUACAGCAAGGACCAGCGUCCCACCACUCUGCCCAUCCAGCCCUUUGUUUUCCAGCACCAUUUCAGCAAGCCGCCCAAGGCCCGUGCCCUGCACAGCCAUUUUGCCUCCAGCCUUUCCCAACUCUACAGCCUGUCCAGCAACCGGCCUACCCGAGCCCACAGCGCACUCCUGACCCAGCGCUCGGCAGACGGAGCUGCCUCCCGCAAUGAUGGCUGCAUCAAGAAGCCCGCCCCCGAGACAACCCGGCCAUCCCCCCUGGGGAGUUACUCUCCUGUGCGAUGCAACGUGCCUUUCUUUCAAAGCGUGGACUCUUCCUCCUCGCCCACCGCGGAGAGAGCUGGAGAGAGCCAGCCCCCCAGGAGCAGGUCCUGCCCCAUCUCCGCCAGCCUGCUGCCCACGAGGUCUUCCCCGGCGGUCAGUGUCAUGCAGUCCUCCCAAGCCCCCAAAGCCGAUGCCCUGAGGCAAAAGGAGAACCCCAAGCCGGUUCCCAAGAAGGAGGCGCCGCUGGAACCAAGCCCACCGCUCUCUGAGUACCGGCUCCACAGUGGGUCCCUCCCACCCCUCUCGGUGGGUGGUAUGCCCGUGAGCAGGGUGGGAGGCCAUGCAGAUCCCCACUGGAGAAGUGGCAGUGAGACCAGCACCUCUGGUCCCCUGAACAGCAUGGGAAUACGGCCCCUCAAUGCGAACCAUCUCUCCCCCCAAGCGCUGAAGUGGCGGGAGUACAGGCGGAGGAACCCUCUGGGUCUGGACCGUGUUUCGGGACUGCCUGGCUUAGCGAGCAGCCUAGACAGGAGGCAGCAAGAGACCCGGCUGAGCCGGGGGAACCCCAUCUUUGAGCUCCCUGGCACUCUCAACACCAGCCAUUUCCACUGCAAGCUGAACGGACAGUCUAUGAGGCAACUCCAGCUUACCUACACUGACUUCUUCCCUGACUACUUCUCACUAGCAGAGAAACCCCCCGCUGAGUUCUGCCUCUCCCCAGAUGGCAACACAGAGUCCAUCUCCAUCGACUUGCUGCAGAAGAAGGGUCUGGUGAAGGCAAUCAACACUGCUGUUGACCUGAUUGUGGCUCACUUUGGAACCAGCAGGGAUCCAGGGGUGAAGGCCAAACUUGGGAACAGCUCUGUGAGCCCCAAUGUGGGGCAUCUCAUCCUGAAAUACCUAUGCCCUGCUGUCCGGGAUAUCCUGAGUGAUGGGCUCAAGGCUUACGUCCUGGACAUGAUCAUUGGCCAGAGGAGGAACAUCCCUUGGAGCGUGGUGGAGGCAUCCACUCAGCUGGGUCCCUCUACCAAGUUGCUGCACAGCCUCUAUAGCAAGAUCAGCCAGUACACGGAGCUGACCAACCACACCAUGAGGUUCAACGCAUUCCUCUUUGGCCUCCUCAAUAUCCGGUCCUUGGAGUUCUGGUUCAACCACCUCUACAACCAUGAAGAUAUCAUCCUGGCACACUACCAGCCGGUGGGCUUCUUGUGCCUGUCCCACAGCGUGUGCCAGCCUCUUUUCGAGGAGCUCCUGCUCCUGCUCCAGCCUCUCUCCCUGCUGCCCUUCAACCUAGACCUCCUUUUCGAGUACCACCUGAUGCAGAUGGGCAAAGAGCAGCAGCAGCAAAAGGAGCUGCUGCGUGUGAAGCAGGACCUGCUGCUUUCCGCACACUCCACCCUGCAGCUGAUGCGGACGCGGGGCAGCAGCGAAGAUCCCGACGGCUGCAGCACCGCCCCUGAAGCAUGCAAAGCGGAUGCCGGAGAUGGCGACAUGUCACCCGGCCACAGCUCCCGGCAAGCUGUGAGUGAGAGGGUCAAGGGGGUGGGAGCCUCCUGCGGAGAUGUCGACAGGGAGGACGAGCGGAGGAAGGUGAGAGAGAGUAUGUGGGAGGGGAAGAAGGACAAGCAGGCGGGCUGGUGGUACCAGCUCAUGCAGAGCUCUCAGAUUUACAUUGAGGGCUCAGCUGAAGGCUCGAAGUUCAUCCGCUAUGAGAAGAAGAAGAAAGCUCUGAAUGCUGUUCCCGGGCCAGCGGAGACCUGCAAGGCACCGCCCCCCCGCGAAGGGGUGGUGGAGGGCGCAGAGGCUUGCCCCAUUGCUGAGGGCACCUUGGAGGAGAGACCCAAGGCUGCCAGCAAGCCAAGUCCUGAAGCUGUGGAAGAGCCCUUGGAAAAACCCCAGCAGGUGCUGGUCAGCGAAGAGGUGAAGGAAUGGAGCUGGCCCUUCUGGAUGGGCAGCCCCCCAGACUCGGUGGUUACAGAGCUGAAGCGCAGCAAGGAGAAGGAGGCUGGGACUCAGCAAAGAGUGGGAGCAGCAGCAGCAGCCCCCCAAAAGGAGAGCAGCACCAGUGCAUCCGAGGGCAGCCAGUCCAUCAAGUGGGGACACUUGUUUGGGUCCAGGAAGGUGCAAAAAGAGCCCAGGCAGCCUAACAGGUUGCCCUCUGGUUGGCUGAGCUUGGACAAGUCUGUUUUCCAGCUGGUGGCCCAGACGGUCGGGGCAAGCAUGUGGCGAGAAGCAGCUCCUGAGCCGGAGCCGCGCCAGCCAGCGUCACCUGAAGUGUCCCCUGCAGCGCGGCUGGCCCGGGGGCUGUCUCCCCACCCUCCCUGUGAGGUGAAAGCUCUUUGCCAUCACAUUGCCACCGAGGCAGGACAGCUGAGCUUCAACAAGGGGGAUAUCCUGCAGGUCAUCUCCAAGGUGGACGGUGACUGGCUGCAGUGCAGCCUCGGCUCCGAGAAGGGACUGGUGCCCAUCAUGUACGUCACCCACCCGGAGGACGAGGACUAUUGACCUAGCUGGAAUGCCAAGCACAGUACCGUGGGCUGCUGCGGCUCUGCUGGGGAAGCACACCCUGCCAGAGGAACAGACACAGCUUCUUGCUAGUUUCUUACCUUUCUUGCCAUUACAGAAUACAGUAACCGUAGGUGAUUCCUUCCUGCUCCUCCUCAUGCAGCUGCCAGAGGCCGACUUGGCCCCCAGGGUCUUCUGCAAGCUGCACCUUGUAUUGCCAGGCAUUGCCGUGCAUGCAGCCAUACCGGGGACCACCUGCGCCCCCUCCACCCCACGCCAUCUCCAGCAACCGUAGGCCAUGGAGUCGUACAUAGCAGAAACCCAAGCAGUCCCUGUCAGGGCAGUGCUGCCCCACUGCCCAGCUCAGUU